AUGAUGGUGGUCAAAGACGAGUGGAUGAGAGCGGCGAUGACCGACGACAUGCUCGUCGUGGAGCUUCUGGUGCGGCUCAAGCAGUCGCAGACGGCCGCCUCUUCUUCCUCGUCUCCGUUGUUGGAGUCGAUUCCGCUCAGGUGGGGCAUCCGGCUGCCACGCUCCAAGUCGGCGUCCAGAUUCGACGGCGUCGUUUCGCGGCAGAGGAACAUCAGCAAGCACGGAGCCGAUUCCGCCACUAGAUGCAGCCCCACCACGCCGCUCUCCUGGAGCGGCGGCACCGGCUCCCCCUCCGCCACCGCCGACGGCUUCGAAGAGUCCAGCUGUCCCAGAUCCAAGGGAACUGCUACGUAUGAAUCCACCAGCACCACCACUGCCACCAAGAGGGCAAGGAGAAAGAAGACAUUUGCUGAGCUUAAAGAGGAGGAAAGUUCGUUGUUGAAGGAAAGGACAUAUUUGGAAAAGGAAAUAGCGACCUUACAAGCAACUUUUAAGCAACAAAGAGCCAAAAAUGAGAACUUCAAGAGAAUCAAGCUCGACUUGAACAUGCAUCCUGCUAGGUAUUUGAGUGCAAACUUUGAUGGAGCAGGGAAAGCAAUUUCCAGUCAACCCCACGAGAGAACAGCUUCGAGCACUCCCUCAAAUUUGCCUCCACAUCCAGAAGCACAAUCCGAUUCUUACAGUGAACGCGAGGCUGUUUCGGCCCGAGACAAUUCUUUCUUGCUGCCUGAUCUAAACAUGGAGCCGUGUGGAGAGGAAUCUGGUUCCGAAACGCAAUACGGGAUGAGCUGA